GGCAGGGCUGGAGGCUGAGGGCUAGUUAUCCUUGGAGGUGUGGCUGUAGGAGGAAUGGUCGGCAGGUACUGUAAAGGUGAACUGAGACCUAAUCCAGAUCUCUCCACAUACUGCCUGCUUCUGACAGAGAGCUCUGGAGAAUAGGCAUGGGGCUGGGGUUCCUGGGUAGAUGAUUCUCGUGCCUUAGGAGUCAAGCCCUGCCCUUGGGGAACAAGGACAGGAAAACCAGCAGGUGAAGCUUGGGGGCACCUGCGAGUUGGCUGCCCCAUGCCCUGGCUCUUGAUCCUGGCCCAGAUAAGCUGCAGGUCAGGAAGGCAACCUCUGAAAAGGGGGUUUUGACCAGCUUCUUCCAAGGCUACAUACUACCCCAGCCCCUCUGGCUCUCCCUGCCACAGUGUCUUGGAGGCAGAUUUAAAAGUCUCUUGUGGUCACUGUUGGAGGAGAGAAGCUUUACUUGUGAAACUUGUUCUGAUGCAAACACUAACAAGAAGUUAAAGGGUUUUCAGAGCAGAGACUCUCCUUUUCUGUAGGUUGAGAGUUAGGACUGACUUUCUCUGAGCACUCUGGCCCUUUCUCCAGCAGCUAGAUGGAGCUGCCACAUGUGCAUCUCAUCCCCCGGGAACUGAGCCCCAAGACCUCUGCAGCUCUGAAGUGUGCCGUCUCAUCUGAGGGUGGGGUGGGCUCUGGAGUUCUUGGCUUUCCGAGUUUGGUUCCUUGGCUACUCUGGUAAUUGAUUUGCAUAUGGUGGUUCGUAAAUCGAGUUUACAUCAUAUUAAACACUCUCUUAGGACAGAUACGACAGCCAUGGCCCAUGGCCACACAACUUCCCUUAUAGAAGACAUAGGUAAAAAUAAGUAAGCCACACCUGGCUGCAAGCCCAGGACUGCCUUUGUUUAGCACCUGUGCCUAACCCAGGACCUGACACACAGUUGAGACCUAGUAAAUACUUGUUGGCUGAAUGAAUGCACAAGCUGUUCUGAAACAAGCCAGGGCUUUGCUGAGGAAUGACGGAGGCAGGGCAGGACCUGGCCUGGCUAAAAAGUCCAGGAAGGGAGGGUGAAUCCAACAGGACAAGAACAGUCUAUUUUGAAAGUGAGGUAGAGUAACUCUUAUCGCAGGUACAGCAUCCCCAAGACAGGUAAGGACACCAAGGCCAGCCCAGACACAUGCUAUUAAAAAGUAAAAGGGUUUUAGAGCAGACUUCUGGCCCUCCCAGUUGGGGGAGGGGGUCAGAGAUUGCCUAGUCCUACUGCAGUUACCCAGGAGUCACCAGAUCUCUGUUAUUGUUUUAGUUGGAUUUUACUUAAUGUGUGUGAGUGUUUUAGCACAUGGUUUAUGAAAGUGAAUGUCUGUGCACCACGUGCCUGGUGUACACAGUGGUCAGAUACCUUGGAACUGUAAAAACAGAUGGUUGUGAGCCACCAUGUGGGUGCUCGGCGUCGAACCUGGGUCCUGUGUAAGAACGCUGGACCACUGAGCUUGUAACCACUAAGCCAACCAGCUCUCUAGCCCCCACUGGAAGGUUUUGUUAUUGUUUUGGUUUUUGUCUUCCUAGUGAGCUUUCUGACUUCCUUGUGGAGUAGGGGAGUCUAGUACAGAGAGGCUACUGGCCCUCUGGGCUCCUAUAGGAGAGGAAGGGUUGGGGAAAGGGGCCUCAGGCCUAAAAAGGCCUGAGGUUCUCUGGGGUAUGAAAAUAUUCCUCCUACUUGAGAUAGGAGUCGGGAGGAUGUGGUGCGGAGUUGGAGUUCGGAGCACACUGGAGUAUUUAAAACUCCAUGUGGAUGACAUCACCACAGGGAAGCAUCUUGCUUCCAAACCCAGAGCCCUGAAGAGACUGGAGGACAGUUAGGACAAAGGACCUGUGAAGAAUGAGGAGUCCCUGGUGUGGGUAAGGGCCUGGGUCUCGGGGUGGUGUUGACUAUGGCAACCCAAAGACUGUUGGUCAGAAGCCGGAAGCAGGAAGAGGGGAAGCCUGGUGGCUAGGGGAAGUCUCAAAUGAUUCCUACCUGUGUACUUCAGGUGACCUAGAGGUCUGACCUUGGUAGACCAUCCAGAGAAGUGGUGUCCCUAUCCCCCAAAUGUCAACAACCUCCCCUCACUGCCGCUUCUCUAGCUAUAAGGACCCUGCUGCCCCUGCCCCUGCCCCUGCCCCCAUUCUUUACUUCCGUGCUUUCCCCUGCCUGGAUCCAGGUCCAUCUGGGCCUUCUGGGUCUGUGGCCUCUCAGGGGUCUUUCUCCAAGAGAUGUAGACUUCUUUUCCCUAGGAGUGUCCAGCUGAACGUGGGGUCUUCACAGGCUCUGGUUGCCAGCGCCUUUACCUCUGUCUCAAGGCCUUGCUGGUUCUGGGGAGACUUUAGAAUGUGUUUGGUUGUGCACGGUGAGGGACAGCCAGUAGCCUAGUGGGCAACAGGCUGUGGCAGGUUCUCCAUGCCUGUUGAGACAUCUUGAGUAUUUGGGGAUCCUAUCUGCUUGGUUAGUGCUUUUUGGCAUUUGCCUUUCCAUUGCUUUCACUGUGCUGUCCAGGUGAGGCUGUAUUAAUCUUAUACAUGAGGAAACUGAGGCACUGGAACGUGAAGGGCUUGCCGUUACUAAGUAAGAAACAUGGCAAGAAUUGUGGCUGAGGCAUAAAGGCCCCAGUCAAGUGCUAUGUCUCCUGCUAUAUUUCAGGAGUCAGACAUAAGACUGUCCAGGCAGGAACUGUCCAGACUGUCCAGACUGGAGGCCUUCCUGCUACCAUGGACCUGCCCUACAUGAAAAUCAGAGGCAUCAGGCUCCAAGGAGCUGUAGACCUCCAGCUCAGCAGGCAGUCGGGUGUUUGUGUUGAAGGGACCUCUGGCUGUGAGGGAGGCUCUAUGCCCCACAGCUGUAGGUUGUUCCUGAGCUUAAGCAGCAUUUUAUAUGUACUAACUAGUUAAUCUAAGACCAAAAGCCAGGCAUGAGAUAGGCUCCACCUGGGGAGUUGAAGUCCUGUGCUGCCCCAGCCCCCAAAACUCCCAGGCUUAGGGCUCCUUCUUUCCCUCUGCCUACUCAGUGGGCCUCAGUUGGGCUGGACACCAAGCAGGCUUCUUCAAAGGAUUUGGCUCCCAUCCUUCCUCAGACCUUACUCUCUCCAGGGAAAGGCAUCCUAGUCAUCCUGCAAGGGAUCCCUGAAAAAUCUUUUCCCAGAGGGGAAAAAAAGACUUGCCCUGAUGACUAACUACCCUGGAAGCUUGUCCCUGAUUUGCGCCUCCCAGCAUGCCCACCUCUUUGAGCCAGGCUGGAGACCAGCCUUUGCUAGGUGUUCACUGAAUGCCAGGCAUGUUCUGUGUCCUGGGAAGCAAAUGCUGAUUUGAAACAGUCCAUUUUACAAAGGAGGAAACUGAGGGAGACUCAGAGAUGUGUCGGCCUGUUUAAGAGUACGUGGGAGCAAGCGGUACAGCUCAGGUUUGAGUGCAGACAGCUGCAGACCCUCAGGCUUACUUCCAGAUUCUACGAAGAGUGAAGUUAGGUCCUCAGGACUGAGCCCUGUGUGGUGUUGGGCCGAGGCUUCCACCUGGCCAAGGUGAGGCAUGCAGCAGCCACUAAACCCAGACACUCAGGGCCAGACAGUCCAACAUCUUUCCCUCCCUCUUCCCUUGCUCAAGCUUGGGGGAUGCAGAAGAACCCCCGUUCUGUGGCUCCCCUCCAUCCCUAUGAGCAUACUCUGUGUCUGAGUCUUGGCGCUCUCCUCUUGCUCUAUCCACACAACGUGUUUGUGGAGUAACUGGGGGGUCUGUGAGAGUGUCAUGCAUCUGCAGAGCCUGCACCCAUCCUCUUCCCCUUCAUGACUCCUGGCAUUCACCUCCUUUGGGGUCUAGGGUAAGGUAGAGGAUGUGACAGAAGAGACUUGAGGGUUGUAUGGCUCAGCCUGAAAGCCCAGUGGCCAGGCACUGUAGAAACACGAUUGGUGCCAUCUUGUCUUAGUGGAAGAGAAAGAUAUUGAAGAAUGUGAAUCUUGUGGGACCUAAGGCUGGGGCAAGAGAAAGUUGGUCUUUUGGAAGGGAGCUGCUACUGCAGGGGUGGGGGGUCCUCAGCUGACACGGGCCUGUGAGCAGAAUUGUGCUGUGGAAUCCUGGAGAAGCUGUCUUUCUCUUGACCUCAGCUUGUCCAUUUGGGAGUUGGAUGCUGGUGCUGCCGUCCUGGGGAGUAAAGCAGGCAGUGCUCGGAGUGCUAAGUCUUGGCCCUGGUAAGCCAUGAUUUUCCAGAACUGGCAGUGUUCCCCCCCCAUUUAUAGUCUCUACAUGAGAAUUAGUUUUACUGUUUCUGUUUCACAUGCUUUGGAACCUUUAAGUGAAAUUCAGAUUUUGACUCUUAGAAACUUUGCCUGAAGUCUCUGUUAGAAGCCGAAGGCCCAUAAUCUGAUGAUGACUCAUGGGCUGUUUCACUUUUCCUGCUUCCUGUAAAGAAAAAGGGAUCUGUAGCUUUAAGGUCUCACAGACUUGGGACACUGGCCCUUUAAGAGAACAUUACAGAGAGUUGGAACAUUGCUUUUUGUUUAACUAGCUAGCCAUGGUUGGUCCCAGUGGGUAGGACCAGAGUGCUGUGUCUAGAAAUACAGCACAGAGCUGGACUGAGUUUGACGGGAAACAGCCAGUGGCUAGGUGGCUAGGCUAGCCUCUGUCCCCAGCCUGGUGAAACCAGCAGCUCUGUUCAGGCAUGGUCCCAUCUGAUGCCAAGGCUGAAGGAAUCUCGAUCACACGAGUCCCUGCUCAGCCCCAGCAGCGCAGUGGAGGCCCUGGACCUCAGCAUGGAGGAGGAGGUGCUUAUCAAGCCUGUUCACAGCAGCAUCCUGGGUCAGGACUACUGCUUCGAGGUAACAACAUCAUCAGGAAGCAAGUGUUUCUCCUGCCGGUCAGCCGCUGAACGAGAUAAGUGGAUGGAGAACCUGAGGCGAGCAGUGCACCCCAACAAGGACAACAGCCGGCGUGUGGAGCACAUCCUGAAGCUAUGGGUGAUUGAGGCCAAGGAUCUGCCAGCCAAGAAGAAGUAUCUGUGUGAACUGUGCCUGGACGAUGUACUGUAUGCCCGUACCACGGGCAAGCUCAAGACGGACAAUGUCUUCUGGGGAGAGCACUUCGAGUUCCACAACCUGCCGCCCCUGCGCACAGUCACUGUCCACCUGUACCGGGAAACUGACAAGAAGAAGAAAAAGGAACGCAACAGCUACCUGGGCCUGGUGAGCCUGCCUGCCGCCUCGGUGGCUGGGCGGCAGUUUGUGGAGAAGUGGUACCCAGUGGUGACACCUAAUCCCAAGGGUGGCAAAGGCCCUGGGCCCAUGAUCCGAAUCAAGGCACGCUACCAGACCAUCACCAUCUUGCCUAUGGAGAUGUACAAGGAGUUUGCUGAGCACAUCACUAACCACUACCUGGGGCUGUGUGCAGCCCUUGAGCCCAUCCUCAGUGCCAAGACCAAGGAGGAGAUGGCGUCGGCUCUGGUGCACAUCCUGCAGAGCACAGGCAAGGUGAAGGACUUUCUAACAGACCUGAUGAUGUCAGAGGUGGACCGCUGUGGGGACAAUGAGCACCUCAUCUUCCGGGAGAACACAUUGGCCACCAAGGCCAUCGAAGAAUACCUCAAACUCGUGGGCCAGAAGUACCUGCAGGACGCACUAGGUGAGUUCAUCAAAGCCCUGUAUGAGUCAGACGAAAAUUGUGAAGUGGACCCCAGUAAGUGCUCAGCCGCCGACCUCCCCGAGCACCAGGGCAACCUCAAGAUGUGUUGUGAGCUGGCCUUCUGCAAGAUCAUCAACUCCUACUGUGUCUUCCCUCGGGAACUUAAAGAGGUGUUCGCCUCAUGGCGGCAGGAGUGUAGCAGCCGCGGCCGGCCUGAUAUCAGUGAACGACUCAUUAGCGCCUCCCUCUUCCUUCGCUUCCUGUGCCCUGCCAUCAUGUCGCCCUCGCUCUUCAACCUGCUUCAGGAGUAUCCUGACGACCGCACAGCUCGCACCCUCACGCUCAUCGCCAAAGUUACCCAGAACCUGGCCAACUUUGCCAAGUUUGGCAGCAAAGAGGAAUACAUGUCAUUCAUGAACCAGUUCCUGGAGCACGAGUGGACCAACAUGCAGCGCUUCCUGUUGGAGAUCUCCAACCCUGAGACCCUUUCUAACACAGCAGGCUUCGAGGGCUACAUAGACCUGGGCCGGGAGCUCUCUAGCUUACACUCUCUGCUCUGGGAAGCUGUCAGCCAGCUUGAUCAGAGCAUUGUAUCCAAGCUGGGACCCCUGCCUCGUAUCCUGAGGGAUGUCCACACAGCACUGAGCACUCCAGGCAGUGGGCAGCUCCCUGGCACCAAUGACCUGGCCUCCACACCAGGCUCUGGCAGCAGCAGUGUCUCAGCUGGGCUUCAGAAGAUGGUGAUUGAGAAUGAUCUCUCUGGUCUGAUAGAUUUCACCCGGUUACCGUCUCCAACCCCCGAAAACAAGGACUUGUUUUUUGUCACAAGGUCCUCCGGGGUCCAGCCUUCACCUGCCCGCAGCUCAAGCUACUCAGAAGCCAACGAGCCUGACCUGCAGAUGGCCAACGGCAGCAAGAGCCUGUCCAUGGUGGACCUCCAGGACGCCCGCACACUGGAUGGGGAGGCAGGUUCCCCAGUGGGCCCCGAAGCCCUCCCUGCUGACGGGCAGGUACCUGCAACUCAGCUGGUGGCUGGGUGGCCAGCCCGGGCAGCCCCAGUGAGCCUGGCAGGAUUGGCCACAGUGCGGCGGGCAGUGCCAACACCAACCACACCAGGCACCUCCGAGGGUGCACCAGGCCGGCCUCAGUUGUUGGCCCCUCUCUCCUUCCAGAAUCCCGUGUACCAGAUGGCUGCUGGCCUGCCACUGUCACCCCGUGGCCUUGGUGACUCAGGCUCUGAGGGCCACAGCUCCCUGAGCUCUCACAGCAAUAGUGAAGAGCUGGCAGCCGCUGCCAAACUAGGAAGUUUUAGCACUGCUGCUGAGGAGCUGGCACGGCGGCCUGGUGAGCUGGCACGGAGGCAGAUGUCACUGACUGAGAAGGGUGGUCAGCCAACAGUGCCGAGGCAAAAUAGUGCAGGUCCCCAGCGGAGGAUUGACCAGCCUCCACCGCCGCCACCGCCACCACCUCCUGCCCCCCGGGGCAGGACACCUCCUACCAUGCUGAGCACCCUACAAUACCCACGACCCUCAAGUGGAACCCUGGCAUCAGCAUCACCUGACUGGGCUGGCCCUGGCACCCGGCUGCGGCAACAGUCCUCCUCUUCCAAGGGAGACAGCCCAGAGCUGAAGCCCCGCGCCUUGCAUAAGCAGGGCCCUUCGCCCGUCAGUCCCAAUGCCCUGGACCGCACGGCCGCUUGGCUCUUGACCAUGAACGCGCAGUUGUUAGAAGACGAGGGUCUGGGCCCAGAUCCCCCCCACAGGGAUAGGCUAAGGAGUAAGGAGGAGCUCAGCCAAGCAGAAAAGGAUCUGGCGGUGCUGCAAGACAAGCUGCGGAUCUCCACCAAGAAGCUGGAGGAGUACGAGACCCUGUUCAAGUGCCAGGAGGAGACGACGCAGAAGCUGGUGCUCGAGUACCAGGCUCGGCUGGAGGAGGGCGAGGAGCGGCUGCGGCGGCAGCAGGAAGACAAGGACGUCCAGAUGAAGGGCAUCAUCAGCAGGUUGAUGUCUGUGGAGGAGGAACUGAAGAAGGAUCACGCUGAGAUGCAAGCGGCCGUAGACUCCAAACAGAAGAUCAUCGAUGCCCAGGAAAAGCGCAUUGCCUCGCUGGACGCUGCCAAUGCCCGCCUCAUGAGUGCCCUCACACAGCUGAAAGAGAGGUACAGCAUGCGAGCCCGUAACGGCGUCUCCCCCACCAACCCCACCAAAUUGCAGAUUACUGAGAACGGCGAGUUCAGAAACAGCAGCAAUUGUUAACCUGCCUGAGGAGAGGGGACUGUGGUGGCCCAGGCAGGGUCUCGGUCAGGAGGCUCCCCACAGUUGCAGACUAGCCUGCAGUGGAGGGGGCGCAGGACUGAUGGAGCGUGAGACUGAGGGCACAGUGCCCCCCCACCUGAAGUGGGUGUGGGUAGAGGCAGUAGAGACUGCGCUGGGGAGUGGGGACAGCCUGCAGAGAGGUCUGCCUGCCAACUGUGUCUCUGGUUGUUGGAUUUGGUAUGUGGCACCUUUUCCUCUUUGACCAGCCAGCCAGGUGCAUGUACCCCUUACCCUUUGCCAUGGAGGGAGCUACCUGGAAAGGGCUCAAGUAAGGUCUAGGGGCCGCUGCUGUGGGUUUCCCUGGCUCCUGGGACCUGAUGGAGUAGUUGGCAGGCAGAGUGGCCCCUGCUUAUCUCUGCUCUAGCCUCUGCCACUGCAUGCAACUGCUCAGGGACCCUUCCUGGCGGUGAGGAACUGAAGAACAGAACUUUGGGUCCUGUGCCCGUCCCAGGCUCGACACCCUCCACUCUCCUUCCCUUCUUUCCUUGCAUUGCCAAACAGCACUGCACUUUCUCUGCUGGGCCCUCACAUCCAGUGGAGGAGCCACAGCUCCCCACACGUCACCUGUGGUCCUGCCUCAUGCUCUUGGAACUCCCAGAGGCCAGAGAGCUGGGCAGAGGUGGCCAGGUUGCACCAUGCAUUAUAGCUGCCUUCUCCAGGGCCCCAGUGUGUCCCGGCACAGUGGCCCUGUGGGGAGAAGCCAGUCGGUGCUCACCCUGCCAAGGUGACCUCUUUUCUCUGAUAGUUUAAGAGAACAGUUCUAAGCCCACAGGCCCUGAGAAGGUGGAUAACUGUGACUUUUUUUCCUUUCACAGUAUGCAUUAGAAACAAAAGCCCGCUUGCUCGCUUGCUGGAACACAGGGCCUUUUAAAUUGGGCGUGCGCACUGCAUGGGAACUAGCGACCCUGGAGGAUGGUAGAGUUGCUCCCUCUCCAAGACAGCAGCAGCCUGCACCAGGCCCCGUGUGUGCAGUCGCCUCUCCUCACCCUCCCAGCCCCAGCCAAGGACCCAGGCACUGCAGGCAGGGAGGGGCACACCCCACAGCUGGGGCUGGUUUUCCCCAGCUCUAGGCUGUUCUGUAGCAUAUCUGACCCUCCCCCUUUGUGGAACAGAGAUGGGCAGGAGCUUGGGUCUCUCUUGGAUUCCCAUCUGUUCCCACACUCUAGAUUCCAAGCUCUGGUUCUGAGUCACCUAGGGCAGAAGCCUUUGCCCAGGCAGCAGAAUGGGACUAGGCAAGCUGCACUCAAUGCUCCUAGAGACCUCACUAGAAAGGGUGGAGGUGUGGCCUAGCUCUGCUGCACCCCAGACUCAGUCCACGGACAGGUGAGGGUAAAGGGUAGAUGCCCUGGACUUUAGCUGUAACCUACAACCCAGUUAGGCUGCAGACCAGUGCUGGGAGAGGGCGUGGCCAUCAAGGGUCAGACCUCAGGAAGGAAGGAGGUGGGGCUGAGGUCCUGCCACUGCCUCUUCCUGCCCCACUCCUAUCCACACCCCUGCACCUGUGCAUUUCAGCAGGGGUGGCCUCUCGGGCAGGGCCUGGCCUGGCCUGGGUCUUGCCCUUCCACUGCCCAGGGAGCCCUGUUUUCCUCCCCACCCACACUGUCGCCCAUGCCUCGUUAAAGUGACCUCUGUCUGAGCGCCUCCUAGCAAUAUGGGGAGGUCCCCAGGCCUGGACAGGAGAGCGCAGGGCCAGAUGCAAUGGCCCCUCUGGCGGGGUUAUUAGCUCUCAGGCCGAGAGCCUUAUUACCUAGUGCAAAAACUGUAAAAGUGUACAGACUCUCCACAGAUUUUUAUCUUAAUUGCAAGUCUGCCGACUUUUGUAAAUGUUCUUGGUGUUUGACUGUAACGGAACUAUUUCACCCAAGGGAUGUACAUAGUCCUUUAGUCCUGGUGCUGCAAGGGCUGGCUAGGACACUGCUCUCCCGGUUGAUACAGCCUAGAGAACGGUGCUGGGCAGGACAAAGAGCUCUGCAGUCUAGGUGUCUGUCUGUCUUUUUCCUGCCUGGGGCUUUGAUUGGUUGGCUUUGAAGCAUGCUGUUGAGGUGGGAGGUUGAUGGGGGUACAGGCCCCAAUGGGGCCAGUAGAGCAUCCUCCUGCCCCACAGCUUUGGGGCUGAGCUCUGGCCACAGCAAGGGCUGGAAUUGCCAGAGGCCCUGCUCUGGGUAGGCCCUGGUCACUGACACCCAGGCUCUGCAGGAGUGAGGGGCCCCUCCCCUGCCAACAUAGACACCUGACCUUUUUAUUCAACUUGUAUGUUAGGACGAAGGAAACUGCCAAACUUCCUCUGAGCGAAGACUUCUGACUGCCCAGGGGUGGGGGUGGGGACCAGGGCCAGAGCUCCACUUGUGCCCCAGCACCUGCCUGAGGGACACUCCUCCCUCAUACCCGUACGUCUGGGAGCCAGACUGUCCAGGGAACCAGCCCCUCUUUUCUAUAUACUCAGCCACAAGGCUACCGUCAACCCCACUGUGCCCAGCUCCCCCUUUUGUAAGUAUGUGAAAAGGAAAAAGGCAAACGUCGGAGUCAGCCGGAGCCCUUCCCUCCGCCGAGACUUUAACCCUGUAAUAAUGUACAGAGAAGUUGUUGGUGUUUGAAGACUCCGUGUGGCUGUGCAAUUUCUGUACAUUUGCAAUUAGAAAUAUUAAAGAUUUAUUUAGCUAUUUUAA